GAUCCACAUACACGAUGUUCCGUCCCGCUGCUCGAGCGCUCGCCCGCGCGCCUGCUGUCGCAUCCCGUACCCCGGCGACCAGCCGAUUCAUAAGCACCGGUCCGACCAAGUCGAGAAGCUGGAAGAAUACCGUCGUCCGGCUGGGCUUGGCCGGUGGUGCUAUCUACUACUAUAACACGAGCAGUGUCUUCUCCGAGGAGCCGAAGUUCUCUCUCCUCUCUCCCAAAAAGCAGAAUGGCGAUAAUGCCACCUCCCAGACCCUCGAUUCCAUCAACCCUAAGAUCCGUCAAGAACGCGCCGCCGCGCAAGCUUCCGAGCCCGCCGCUUUGGCAGGUGGUGUGAACCCCCAAGAGCUUGAGGAAGAGGCUGGCCAGGAGGCAGCAUUCAACCCCGAGACUGGCGAAAUCAACUGGGACUGCCCGUGCCUCGGUGGCAUGGCCCACGGGCCUUGCGGAGAGGACUUCAAGGCUGCGUUCAGCUGUUUCGUCUUCUCCGAGGAGGAGCCCAAGGGCAUUGACUGCAUUGACAAGUUCAAGGCUAUGCAAGAUUGCUUCCGCCAAUACCCCGAGGUCUAUGGCGCCGAACUCGAAGACGACGACGAGCCCCAGAGCGAUGCUCCUGCCUCCUCCGAACAACCCCCCGCCGCUGCCGAUGUUGAAGCCACCCCUCAAACCGACGAGAAGGAGACCCACGCCAAUGAGAUCGACACCCAGGCAAAGGCCAUGCCCGCUGCUGAGGUCGAUACCCUCGUUCCCAAGGCUGCGUUCGAUGCCGAGGAAAAGAAUGCCGAGGCCAAGAACGAGUCCAGCAAAGCUUAG